AUGAAUGAUGUCACGAGUGGCAGGAUAGAUAUAUAUGCCGAGCUCGGCGUGGCGCCCGACGCGCUGCCGGCUGAAAUAUCCCGCAAAUACAGGCAGAUGGCCCUCCGGUAUCACCCGGACAAAAACGACUCUGCGGAAGCCGCCGCCAAGUUCCAGUUUUUCUCUGCCAUAAACACGGUGCUUCAAGAUGCAGACCUCCGUCGGCUGUAUGACGAAAUUCGGCGGCAGCGCACCGCCAUCAAGGCCCCGGCCAGCGAGGGCGUGCAGAGCCAAAUCCUACGGUUCAAAGAGCAGCUCCGGGCACGUGAACAAGAGGCCAAAUCUCAGGCAGGUGCUGGCGGCUCGCCCACACAUGCCUUUAAUGUAGAUGUCUUAAGUAUGCGGGGCUUGGCGCUCCGGCGAGAGCUCCAGGCGAAGCUCCAGGCGAAAAAAGGGUAUGUCUCCUUUCGACUGCUCAAGCAGCCCCGGCAUACCGCCGAUUUUCUAGUCCAAGAUGUGGUUUUGGACGUCACGUGGAAACACCGGUCGGAGCCCGGAGCACAGAUCGAUUCGGGCACGCUUCGAGAGAUCAUGGAGCGGUUUGGCCCGGUAAAAACAUGCAUUGUUGGGGAAGACGACGGCCGAUAUGCUCGGGGCCAGGUGGUGUUUUCAGAUCCCGAAAGCACAGAAAAGGCGCUUGUUUACGAUUACAGAAAGGCCUGUCUAUGGGACGGCACGCCGGUGAGAAAACUCGCUAGUUUGCUCCGCAGCGUUAAGCGGGCACAGGCCGUGCAGAUGGGUGAGCCUGGACGGGCGGGUUCUUCGUUUGAAAAUGAGCUCGCUAUCUUUUUGAAGACGGUUCGCGGCCUGCUUGCUGAAGAUAAUGUCUAG